AUGCUUACCAUCUUCUACGGCUUCGUGGUGGUUGCAGUGACGGCUGUCUCAUUCUCAGUUUACGCUCUAGCAAUGGAAGGAUGCUGGUGGCGGCUUCCUCGUCCAGUAACGCCAGCUGGGUCCCAACCUAGAAGGCAGCAUAGAUUCCAUCCUGUUCAGAGACCAUUCGCAGUAUUGACAAUACAGUACAGUAAGGGAAAAGAGAAUAAUUUAGAAGAUUGUGAAGCAGAGUGUGCUGUGUGCUUGUCGAGUUUUGAGGAGGAGGAAUACCUACAGCUGCUGCCGAACUGCAACCACUCUUUCCAUGCACCUUGCAUAGACAUGUGGCUCUACUCCCAUUCUCAGUGUCCCCUUUGUCGGGCUUCCAUCGACAGGUUAGAGCCUGACAGUGAUUCAAUCUCUACAGUAGGAUUGCUAAAUGGUGUCUAA